AUGCAACAGGAUCAGACUGAUGAAGUCUCUGGAAUCCCCAGAGCAAACACUGCCUCCAGAGCAGACAGAGCCUUCGGAGGAGACGAAUCCCCGGAGCCACAGCAGUCUCCGAAAUCCACGAAGCUGAUGCAGCCUGCGGAGGAGACGCAGCCUCUGGAGGAGACGCAUCCUUCAGUGUCCCAGCAGUCUCCAGAAUCACAAGAGCUUCGGAUUUCCAGCAGACUGCGAAAUCUGCACAGCCGCAGCAGUCUCCGGAAUCCCCGGAGCAGAUACAGCCUCAGGAGCCAAUGCAGCCUCCUGAAUCCACACAGCCGACACAGCCUCUGGAGGAGACGCAUCCUUCGGAGUCGCUCCGGAAUUCCCGGAGCAAACACAGCCAAACACAGCCUCUGGAGCCUCUGGAGGAGACCCAUCCAUAGGAGUCCCAGCAGCCUCCGGAAUCCCCGAGCAAACACAGCCUCUGGAGGAGACACAUCCGUAGCAAUCCCAGCAGUCUUCGGAAUCACCAGAGCAGACACAGCAUCCGGAAUCUCCGAAGCAAUUACAGCCUCCGGAGCAGACAGAGUCUUUGGAAGCCGCCAGCCUCCGAAGGAAACGCAGCCUCCGGAGUCCCAGCAGCCUCCGGAGUCCCAGCAGCCUCCGGAGUCCCAGCAGCCUCCGGAAUACCCAGAGCAGAUACAGCCUCCGGAGCCAAUGCAGCCUCCGGAAUCCCCGGAGCCGCAGCAGUCUCCGGAAUCUCCAGAGCCAACACAGCCUCUGGAGGGGAUGCAUCCUUCUGAGUCCCAGCAGUCUCCGGAAUCCCUGGAGACUCAGCAAUCGCCGGAAUCCCAGCAGCCUCCGGAGUCCCAGCAGCCUCCGGAGUCCCAGCAGCCUCACGGAGUCCCAGCAGCCUCCCGCUGGUUCCUGUUUCCCAUAGGCGCCGCCGUAGCCAGCUGGUUCCCGUUCCCAGGAGCAACCGCCGCAGCCAGCUGGUUCCCGUUCCCUGGAGCCACCGCCGGAAAAACUUUGUCUCUGCUCCCUGAAGAGUACGGCUACAGCACGGCGGCCGUCCUGCUCAUCACAGUGGGCUCCAUGCCCUACAGGGGGCAGCAAGGAAAAACUUUGUCUCUGCUCCCUGAAGAGUACGGCUACAGCACGGCGGCCGUCCUGCUCAUCACAGUGGGCUCCAUGCUCGGUAUCUGCCUGAUCAUCUUCAACUCCUGCCAGGAAACCUACACACUCAUCCUGCAGCUGUUUGUGGGCUUGGCAGUGGGAACUCCUGCACCUCAUACCACAGAGGUUUUCACAAUCGGGGGCAAUGCCUUUGGAGGCCCCUGUCAGUUCCCAUUUAAGAUUCAGGAGAAGUGGUAUGCUGAAUGCACAAAGGAAGGUCGCUCAGAUGGACAGCUGUGGUGUGCAACAGAGAGAGAUUACGACAAAGUGAAGAAAUGGAUCUUUUGUCCCAACGAAGCAUCCUUGGGUUGGGACACUGACCCGGUCACAGGUGUUAAGUAUCAGAGGAACUCACAGUCAGUGUUGACCUGGCAUCAGGCCAGGAAGAGCUGCCAGCAGCAGGGAGCCGACCUCCUCAGCAUUGUAGAGCUACAUGAGCAGUCAUACAUUUCAGGGUUGACGAAUACUUUGGGAACAUCUCUGUGGAUUGGACUAAACAGCACCUCACAGCAAGAGGGCCGCGGGUUGGAUUUUGAGUCUGGAUGGCAGUGGAGCAACGGCAACCCCUUCAGAUAUUUAAACUGGGCUCCAGGUCAUCCGUCAUCAGAGCCCGGGCUCACCUGUGCAACCCUAAACGCUGCAAAAGCCUCGAAAUGGGCGCAUGUGGUGGAUGUGACUGAUAGAUAUGAGAAUGCCUUCUUGGUCAGUUUGGUGGGUUUGAGGCCGGAGAAGUAUUUCUGGACAAGUUUAUCCAACACAGACGACAUUAACACUUUCAAGUGGACCACCAGAAGAAAAGUCUUGUUCACUCAUUUCAAUGUGGGCAUGCCAGACAGAAAGCAGGGAUGCGUUGCUAUGACAACUGGGGUUUUCACUGGAUUAUGGGAUGUUGUCAGCUGCAGCAACAAGGAGAAGUACAUCUGUAAGAAACCAGCAGAGGGUGCACAUGUGACAACAGUCCCGCCCACCACCCCGGCCUUGAGCUGUGAGUCUGGGUGGACUCCCGUUGCCAAGAGGAGCGUUUGCUUCAAACUUUACAAAAAAACAAAGCCGGAGAAGAAGAAUUGGCAUGAAGCGAAGAAUUUCUGCAAGGUCAUCGGAGGGGACCUGAUGAGCAUACACAGUUGGCAGGACCUGAACAACGCUCCGUUUCAUUUGACUCAUCAAGCCUGGAUUGGCCUCAGCCGUGGUGCCAAUGCAGGUUUUGGAUGGUCCGAUGGUUCACCUUUCGACUAUGAGAAAUGGGGCUAUGGGAAACCAGACAACAUCCUUGACAACGAAGACUGUGGAGAAGUCCAAGUUUACUACGGAUGGAAGAUGAAUGAUAAGCUCUGUGAAGUUAUCAAUGACUGGAUCUGCCAGAUAGGCAAAGGUGUGACUCCCAAACCUGAGCCUGUUGAAACAGUGUACAACACCACCGAAGAUGGCUGGCUGAUAUACAAUGACAAACAUUAUUUGAUCAACUAUAACAAAUUAGACAUGGAAUCUGCUAGAGCUGUCUGCAGAAACAGCUUUGGUGAUCUUGUGGUCAUCACAGGGGAGAGUGAGAGGAAGUUCCUUUGGAAACAGAUAGCGAAGGAGUCAAACGGGCAGUACUAUAUCGGCAUGACAGCGGAUUUGGAUAAAUCAUUCAGCUGGGUGGAUGGCACACCUGUAUCAUACACGGCAUGGGAACAAAAUGAGCCCAGCUUUGAAGAUCAUGAUGAACACUGUGUGACUUUAUACAAGUACACGGGGUACUGGAAUGACAUUAACUGUGGUACUGAGCUACCUUCUAUUUGCGAAAGAAGCAGAAGUUUUAUCAACACAACAAUGGCCCCAACCACUAUUCCUAAGGGAGGAUGUGCACCAGAGUGGCUCGCUUUCCAUGGAAAGUGCUACAAAAUAGUUGUGGGGGAUAAGAAAUGGAACGAUGCCAGGAAGCACUGCAUAAACCAGGGAGGAAAUCUGGUUUCUAUCACCAAUGAGAGAGAGCAAGCAUUCCUGACAAUGCAGAUGCUGAACUACAAUGACGACUUCUGGAUUGGCAUGAAUGACGUCAACUGGGAGAAUCACUUUACGUGGUUGGACGGCAAAGCCAUUUCAUACACCAACUGGGCAAAAGGGCAUCCAACAUCAGUUUCUGGACGUGCUGACUUUUGGACUGAGAGGUUGGACUGUGUUAUAAUGGUGGGAAGCAUCUCCAAAAUUUCAGGAGUAUGGAAGGUGGAAGACUGUCACUUAAGAAAAAGCUUCAUCUGCAAAAGAAACAGUGAUUCUCAGAUUGUAGUCCCAGCCACAACUGUGUUACCAAAGGCUUUCCAUAAACUUGGCAAUGACUCCUACAAACUGGUGUCCCUGAAGAUGAAAUGGGACGAGGCGAGGAGGCAGUGCCAAGCAGACGAUGCAGAUCUGGCCAGUAUCCUGAACCCCGUCACCCAGGCAUACGUCACAUUGCAGAUAUUCGAUCACAAUGAGCCUGUGUGGAUCGGCCUCAACAGCAAUGAGACUGGUGGACGUUUCAAGUGGAUCGAUAACUGGCUGCUGUUUUACACCAAGUGGGGCACAAAUGAGCCUAAAAACAACUAUGGCUGUGUCUAUAUGGAUGUGGACAAAACAUGGAAGACUGCACCAUGUACCAACACCUACUAUUCCCUUUGCAAGAGGUCACCAGUCGUAGCACCCACUGAGCCCCCACAACUCCCCGGCAACUGUCCAGAACCAAAGAAACAAAAAACCUGGAUACCUUUUAGAGGCCAUUGUUAUUCCUUCAUGAGCUCAGUGAAGGACACCUGGACCCAUUCCACACUUGAAUGUCUGAAAAUGGGUGCCAAUCUGGUGAGUGUUGUGGACCCUCAGGAGGGCCUGUUCAUAGAACAUAACAUGGAGAUUCUACAGGAUGGUGCCAAGUCCUUCUGGAUCGGCCUCUACAAGACUCGUGAAGGUGAGUGGAUGUGGGUCGAUAACAGUGCUGUGGACUACGUCAACUGGAAAACAGGGAUGCCAAAGUCAGAUUCAUGUGUGGACAUCAGCUCUGAGAGUGGACAGUGGAGCACAAAAACCUGCAGAGGAUACAAGUCUUACAUCUGCAAAACAGCCAAAGUUAUUACACCUACAGAAAAGCCACCAACUGUUGCCCCAGUUGUUGAAGAAGUUCCUCAUGGGUCGGCUGGCAUCACUGUUGCUGUAGUGCUAGUUGUAAUCGCCAUAAUUGGACUCGGUGCCUUCCUCUUCUUCCGUAAACGGAUACCCAUCCCUGUCCUGGGAGACACCUUUGAUAACUUAUACUUCAACAAUCCCAUCCGAACCCUUGUAGACACCAAGGGGCUGGUGGACAAUAUAGAGCAGAAUGAACAAGCAUAG